AUGGUAAGUGGGGCAGCUCCAUCCACUGUUAUGUGUUCUAUACGUGGGUCCAAUAGAUCGGAGCUGGGGGAGUAGAGGGGGUCGUAUUCAAGGGAGGCACUUGGUUCUUAUCUUGCAGUCUCAACCAGUGCGGGCGUACUGUCGUGGGCAGUAAAGGGAGAGUGAGCCCUAAGUGUAGUAUAACUUUUAAACAGAACUAAGGCAUGAUCAAAAACAACUUAAAAGGAGGAGAGAGGGGACAAGUCCCAGCACCAAUAUUGCCGUUUUCAGGUGGUAGGUAUGCCAGUUCUUCUUCGGGAUGCAGGGAUGAACAGGACCGCGGUAGCGGAAUUCCAGGUGGUGGUAGUGGGUCGAGCGACAUGACCAGGUCCCAGGGAGGACAGGAUAGCGUCCAUUUCAGAUGCUUCUGUGAUUCUGUGUUCUGCACCAUUGUGCUGGAAUAGCAGUGUACAUGGUGUGCCCCAUCGAUACUUCAGGCCUUGGGGCGUGAGCGUGGAUGUCAGGGGUCUCCGUAACUUCCUUCACUGUAGUGUUGAGCGAGAAAGGUCGGCAUAGAACGUGAGAUCCAUUUCUUCGAAGUGGUGUGGGGUCUUCCCCCUAGUGGCUUGUAAGAUGACUGCUUUGUCUUGCCCGUUUUGAAAUUUAACCAAGAGGUCACUGGUAGCUGGGGCAGUAUUGGACUGAGGCUUGGUUAGGCGAAACAUGCCAUCCAGCUGUAUACCCUUUGCUAUUUUAGGGGGUAAUAAUGCCAUAAAAAGCCUGCGUAGGAAGUGUGGCAUCUCCUCCAUGGUGGUGGAGUCAGAUAUACCUCUGAUCUUCAGGUGUUUCCACCUUCUCUUAUCCUCCAGAGCUGCUAGCUGGCUGUCAAAGUUCAUCUGAGCUGUGGUGAGGUCCCUCACCUGCUUCUGUUGGUCUGAGAUUUGGGGGGUAUGCUCUUCCACUGUUUGUUCCACUUUGGUUAAGCGGGCAGUGAACCCCCUGACAUCCUCCAGGACUUGCGAUAUGUCUGCAGAGAGGCUCUUUCAGAGUUCAGCCAGAAGGUUAGUGAGGAUGGCCAUGGUAAUUGGGGUUGAGCUGUUUGCUGCCUCCGGAGGUGGAAGCCCAGAUCAGCAGAGUUAUGCAGGGUGACCUCAUCCGAGACGUCGGAGAAGUCAUCCAGCACGUCCACCAUGUCUGACCCGCACACUCCAUGCGGCCUUCUAAAGAGCUCGCUAAUGUCAGCUGAGAACCCGGGCUGGUCCGCCCUCUGUUUCUUGUUCGUUCGUCCCAUAUGCUUGUGGAUACCGUCGGCUUUGAUUAUUGUGAUUUGAGCUCACUGCUCAGUUUAAGAGGUAGAGCAGGCACUUGCCUUGCAACUCUACAGCCGGUAGGCAGGUGCCAGCUCUGGCAAGAGAGGUUGCUUGUACACCCUCCUGCCGCCUAUCACCUGCGGUGGACAGCGACCUUCCCCACUCCGGCUAAGUAUGUUGCUGACCUGCUUUUUCAGAAAGUAUGCAUGGGACGCAAAUUAGUUCUACUUCUUUGAAUCUACCAGAUGGAACACUUGCUCUGUUUUUAAGGCUGCCAUCCUUAAUACCAGAGCAAGCAAUUAAGUAAUACAUUUAGCAACAUGAAAGCAAACUUCAGGGCAGUGGAGGGGAAUAAGACAGGUCCCCACUUAAACCCAUUACAUUAAUACCCAAUCCCACUGCCCUGGCUGGACAACAUUUAAUAGAUAUGCCUACAUCAGCAUCUUGUUGGGUGCGGACAAAAGGAAGGAUUAAAUUCUUACUAUAGUUAUAUAACUGUUAUACCGACUCCUGUAGUUUUUAUUUAUUGGUAGCUGGCUUGCAAGUCAGUUACCACACACCUGAACGAUUAAAGGGACACCGUAGGCACUGUAUCUGCUUCAUCUCAUUAAACUGGUUAUAGUGUCUGGAGUCCCCUGGUACCAUAAUUUCUUUCAGCGUUAAACCGUUUUUAAUGUUUUUAUGUUUUAAUGCUAAACAAGAGUCCCAGGCAAUCCAUCCCCUCUGUGCUGCUUUGGCUAAUAAAGAAGUAUUAGCCUGAGCAGCAAUGGACAGCUGUGAUUGGCUGAGAGUGUCAGGUGACUGCUUUUAGCCUGUCAGAGCUCCAACUGACAGUAUGAAUGGGUAUGACAACAAGGAAGUGUGUAAUCUCUGCCUUAGCUACACAUACAGAAGGGGCCGGACUGUGGGUGGCCAGGGACUCUUAUGUUGUGGCAUACUGCACGAACAUGGUGCAACACUGAGUGGAGGGACAGUGCCAGGGCACUCCAGGCACUAUAACCAAUUCAAAGAGAUACAGUGUCCCUUUAAGGGAUUUUAACUAUUUGUCCACUGGGUAUAGCUGCCAGUGGGAAAAUAGCGUGGAUUUCUAUAGAUUUUAGUGCAAAAUGCAAGUGAAUAUAUAUUUACUGGAUUUGACGUUAUCAAGGCAAGAUUCCGUUGGUAUACAUUAGAUGUUUAGUUAAUAUGAGAAUCCAAUUAUUUAAUAUCGUAUUUGCAUGUGAAAAGUACUGAUAUCGUUUCAAAUCAGACCCUAAAUCAUACGGACCAAAUUGUGCUCAUUUAGUUUUCAACCGUAUUAAGUUAAAAAAAUUAAAUAAUAUCAUGUCUGUGGCUAUCAGUAGCCACUGUGAUACUUAUUUGUAAUACUUCUUUAAUUGGAACUCAACUGCAGAAACAAUAAGUUUCACCUCCUUUUAUAUUGAAGUGAACAAGGUUGACUGGAUCUUUAAAUACACAUGCAGGGAAGAAAUGCAAUGCUAGUUCCAACUUAAUUAAGAUGGAAUGAUUUAUGAAAAUUAUGUUAAUGAAGCAGGACAGGCUUGCAAUUAGAAUAAAUUGAUAUUUGCAGGAAGAAUUAGACUUAGUAGCAAUCCCUUAUUGACAAGAGAGAAUUUUAGUGAAAUUUAAAUACUGUAUAAAUUAAUUAAUAUGAAUUGGUUUCCUUGGCAAAAAGGUUUACUUAACUUAGAGGCAGUUCUGGCAAUGGAAGGGUUAAUUCACCCAAUGGAGGAGAAAUUAGGAGUCUCUAUUAAUAAGCUGAGCGUUAGGAGUGGAGAGUAAGGAAGUCUGUUUUUACUAGCCGAGGUCUGGGAGUAGAGAAGGUAGAAGACCGUUUUUACUAGCCGAGGUCUGGGAGUGGAGAAGGUAGAAGACCGUUUUUACUAGCCGAGGUCUGGGAGUGGAGAAGGUAGAAGUCCGUUUUACAAGCCGAGGUGGAGAAGUGGAGAAGGUAGAAAUCUGUUUACAAGCCGAGGUCGGGAGAGGAGUGGAGCCGGUAGCAUCAAGUAGAGCAGCUGAUCUCAAUGCAGCACCUGAGUGAAUAAUCCAGCCCUUUGGAUCUGGCGCGGUCUUCCUAAGUAUCGUGGAAGGACCGCGUCAGAGAAAGGGGCGGGGCUAAGCGCCGUGAACCCGGAAGUGGGUUCCGGCGGCAGCAUGAAUGAUAGAGUAUACCUGACAGCCACAGACCAAACGUUAGGACAGAGUGCUCCAAAACUUUGUACCUUAAUUGGGCUGCGCUAUCGUGCAUCUCCAUAAAGUGUCAUGUAAUUGGGUUACCUGAUGUGUCAUUUCAAACAGAUGUUUUAUGUUGUGAUACCCAAUCUUUAACCCCUUAAGGACCAAACUUCUGGAAUAAAAGAGAAUCAUGACAUGUGUCCUUAAGGGGUUAAAGCCAUGUAUAGUUUUGCCCAACUAGCCUAAGCUGCAAGUACACUUGAGGAGACAUACCUCAAAUUCUAGCUGAGAUGUAAAGAAAGGAAAGAGUUUACAUGGUCUGCUUGUCAUUGGGUGGGUUCACACCUCUCACUUAAUAAUAUCAUUACUUCGGUUACAGUCAAGGCACGGAUAAGUCCCAAACACUUAACAAAGAAAAAUGUCUUUGACGAAAGAAUAUGUGCAAAUAUAACAGGUGCUCACACAAUAAAGUACAAGUGCAUAGAGAAAUGUGCUUACUUUUAAAAUAUCAUAACUUUAGGGAUAAAACAUUCCUAGAUCGUAUCUAUUGGGAAAUGGAGAGAAAAAAACAAAACAAAUACAAAGGCACUUAUAGUGUAGUUUUUAAUACAAUGUGAAAUAUAAAACCAAUAAAUAAUACAGGCAUACAUAAGUGCACUGCACAAGAUAAAUUGUGCAAAAAGAGCAUUGCCCCUAAAGGGGCCACUUAUCUCUGGGAUAAUCUAGGCUGUAGGUCCAGGGUAUCUCCCAAUUCGCUUACACAGGAGAUGGCCUCUAUUGAAGCAAUUCAAAAUGUCCCGAAUAGCUUGGAUCAGCCGUAAUUUCAUUUGCCAGAAUUUUGUCCCGGAACAAAGAGUUCGUUCGCCUGGAGUUCACUUGGAAAUUCACUCUGAGUUUUGUCCAAACAGGGAACUUUCUCAAGAGAUAUAUUGACUCCUCUGAGCAUUCGCCUAUUUUAUACCUCUUCUGAUUAGUGGUAAAUUAAAUUCUCAGUCUUCCAUUUGAUUCGCUAGUUCUGCUUUCAAAACGUAUGACGUCAUUAAAAAAACUUAUUAACAUUCCUAUAGUGUCAAAAAAAUUAGAGUGUAUGCGGUCCACCACCAGACCGAGGGGUUGGAGCCCUACUUAUUAUUUUAAGGAUACAAAGAAUAUGUGGUAAAUAUUAAAACAUAACCUUUAAUAAUCAAAUAUUUAAAAAGCUAUUGACCUAUUUGAUGGGCAUCAUAUAAGUUAUAAGAAUGUUUUAAAAUAACCAAACAACAAGAGAUGAGGUCCACCUAAUAUAAUUCUAAAGGAAAACCUCUCCGUGUAUAAGUACAAAAAUGAAAUUCUAACUAGACUAAUGAGACCCAACCUACUAAGACGUAAUUAUAAAUAGAAAGACUCAACCUAUUGCAGGUGGUUACAAGUACACACAUAGAAAUUAGUUAUAUCCAAAGUCAUAAGACCCAACCUAUAGAAAGGAGGUUACAAGUAAUUAAGUUAAAGAAAAAGUUAGAUAAAAUCAAAUGGUUAUUUUGAAGUUACUAAUUAUAUGUAAACCCAGCCUAUAAAAAAAGGGGGUUCGAAAUGUUCCAGUUGUGCAGUUAUAAUGUACACCAGAUAUUUAUUCAAAUAUAAUCCACCCAGCCUAAUUACCAUCCUUAUUUUUGCCACUAGGGUGCAGCCCAGCAGCAUCCCAUGAUCCACUAAUCAGUGUAAUAUGAAUAAUGACCACAAGGGGGUAGCAGAAGACUGUUUAGUUCUUGCAGACACCACAUGGAGUAUUGUGAUGUAGUACAAUUGGUUGUAAAAAUCAACCACCAGGGUUCACUAUUUCCCCAGAGGUAGUACUAGUAUAACUAAAAGAUAAUUAAAGGAGCACUAUAGGGUCAGGAACACAAACAUGUUUUCCUGACCCUAUAGUGCUAAAACCACUAUCUAGCCCCCUUGGGCCCCUUAAAGAUAGUAUAAUUUUAUUUGUAUUCAAGUCUGAAGCUGCUGCCUCUGCCUUCCUCUGACCGCUGACAUCAUCAGAAGUGGUAGCCUAAUCCAAUCACAAUGCUUCUCCAUAGGAUUGGCUGAGACUGACAAAGAGGCAGAUCAGGGGCAGAGCCAGCACAAUUCAAACACAGCCCUGGCCAAUCAGCAUCUCCACAUAGAGAUGAAUUGAAUCAAUGAGGAAAGUUCAGUGUCUGCAUGCAGAGGAAGGAGAUACUGAAUGUUUGGAUGCAUUUUAGGCAGCCAUGACCCAGGAAGGAUCUCUAACAGGCAUCUAAGGAGUGGCCAGUGAAGUUAUCACUAGGCUGCAGUGGCGGAUCCAGGGGGGGGCAACGGGGCAAUUGCCCCCCCCCCCCCGAGAAUACCAACGGUCUCCCUCUCCCUCCCCUGCCAGACCUGCAAUGUGCCUGCGGACCGGGGGCACUGUCCUGACAGCCGGCUGGGGAGGGAGAGGGAGUAAGAGGGAGGACCCGGAGCUCAGGAUGCAGCUCCUCCGGGCCCUCCUCUCGCGAGAUUUGGAGCGUUGCCGUGGUUACCACGGCAACGCUCCAAAUCUCGCGAGCGUGAACUCUAGCCCGGGAGCUUUGGCUAGAGUUCACUGUCCCCACUGGGACCACCAAUGAAUCCCCCACCGGACCACCAGGGAAAUGUCCCCCCUCCCCCCAGUAAAGGUAAGAAGGGAGGGGGGACAUAGAAUAUUUAUUUAAAUUAAAUAAAAAAAAAUAUAUAAAAAAAAAAGCCCCCAUACCCUUAUAUCACACACACACACUCUACACACACAUACUGCCCCCCAUACACACACACACACACACUGCCCCUACACCUACACACACUCCUACACACACACACUGCCCCCAUACAUACAGCCCCCAUACACACACACACUGCCCCCAUACACUGCCCCCCAUACACCCACACCUGCCCCCAUACACACACACUGCCCCCCAUGCACACCACAUACUGCCCCCAUACACGCACCCACACACACUUCCCCCAUACACCCACACUGCCCCAUAUGCACUACCAUGCACUGCCCCCAUACACCCCCCAUACACACACACUGCCCCAGCCACCCACACUGCCCCAUACCACACUGCCCACACACACACUGCCCCAUACACUUUACACACACUGCCCCAUACACCCACACUGCCCCCCACAUGCACACACACUGCCCCCAUACCAUUGCCUGCCCCCCAGCCACACACCUGCUCCCAUGCACACACACUGCCCCCAUGCUGCCCCAUACACACACACUGCCCCCCAGACCCAUACUGCCCCCUCAUACACACACACUACCCCAUACACACACACUGCCCCAUACACUGCUGCCCUAUACACACACAUUGCCCACACUCACACAUACACUGCAACUGUUACACACACAUACUGUCCCACACAUACACUGCAUCCCUGACAUACACUGCCGCUCUCACACACUGUCCCCCUCACACACACACUGCACCCCUUACACAUUGCACCACUCACACACACUACUGCUCCUAUGCACUACUACUGCCCCAUUUCCCAGCAGACCUCAGGUAAGUUGUCAAACUGUUCUUAAACGGUUUGACUACUUACUCUGAGAGGGGGUCCCGGCACUAUAGACACCAUAACCACUACACUGAGCUUCACUAAACACAAAUAUUAGUGUUUUAAAACAGUAAAACAUAUUACGACAAUAAUAUAGUCCAUAAAAGUGCUGUUCGUUUGUAAAAAAUGCAAAAAAAGUCACUUUUACAUAAAAUAUCAUCGUUGUAAUACAAUUUACCAGUUUGAAACACUAAUAUUUGAGUUCAGCGAAGUCUACUGAGUAAAACAGUACCCCCUAUGUACAGGUCUUUUGGUGUCUUGGAGAGUUACAGGGUCAAAUAUAGUGCUUGCAAAUUUAAUUCUCUGCACUUUCUCCCUGUGUUGUCAGGCAUGUCAAUCAAAUUUUAAUUAAUCAAAUCACAUAAUUAUGUUAAAAGAUUACUUAAAUAUACACGUAGAAUUUUAAUAUAUAUGCAUUCAUAGGUAUUUAAAUUCUACGUGUAUACUAAUGCAAUCUUUUAUGUAAUUAUAUGUAUUUAUCUAUAUAUAUAUAUUUGCGGUUAUUUGUAUUUUAUAUAUAGAUAGAUAUAUAUAGAAUGCCAUUCUAAGUGUAUUUUGUUACCAAUAUAUAUAUAUUAAUAACAAAAUACAGUUAUAAUGAAAUUACAUAUGAAUAUAUAAUCUAUAUUAAAUUUUGUUUCAAUAUUUUAUUUAUUUAUUUUAUUAUUUUAUUUAUUUAUUAUUGUACUUAUACGUAUAUAUAUAUAUAUAUAUAUAUAAUAUAUGUGUAUAUAUCUAUUAUAUAAAUAAUAUAUAUACAUAUUAUAUAUAUGUAACGUCAUUCUAAGUGUAUUUUAAUACUAAUAUAUUAAUAUUAAAAUACAUUACGUAUGACGUUACAUAUAUAUAUAUAUAUGUAUAUAUAUUAUAUAUAUAAUACAUAUACAUAUAUUAUAUAUUUAUAAAUAUAUUUAUUUUAUUUUAUAACAUAUUUAAUAUAUUUUUUUUUACUUUCCCACCAGCAGGGGGACUGUCUGACAUUUCCCCCUGCUGGCAGAUCCACAGCCAGCUCUCUUUGAGAGCGAUCACAUGGCCGCCGGGGGGUUUCUUUUGCCGUGGGAGGGCUGCCUUGGCUGUGAGGCAGUCCUCCCAAAGCGGAGCGCCGGGUAGGUAAAUAUCCGGGGCGCUCCAGGGCUGCAAGCCGUUACGGCAUUCUAUGCCGCCGCAACGGCUUUAAAGCCCAAUUAAAGCGGGAUGGCAUAGAACGCCAUAACGACGUUAAGGGGUUAACCGUGUAACUUUCCAGGACACCAUAAAACUUGUACAUGUGGAGUUCUGUUUUACUCGGGAGACUACACUGAACACAAAUAUUAGUGUUUCAAAACAGUAAAACAUAUCACAACGAUGAUGUCAUCAGUGAAAGUGACGUUUUUUGCAUUUUUCACACACAAACGGCACUUUCACGGAUGAUAUAAUUGUUGUGAUACGUUUAACUGUUUUGAAACACUAACAUUUGUUUUCAGCCAAGUCUCCCGAGUAUAACAGUACCCACCAUGUACAGGUUUUUUGGUGUUUCAAAAGUUAUGGAGUCAAAUAUAAGGCUUGAUGUUCCGUUUUUUUAACAUUGAAACUUGCUUGGAGCCCGUAUGGAAGCCCAGGAAUAAAAAUUACCCCCUUGAUGGCAUACCAUUUGCAAAAGUAGACAACCAAAUUAUUGCAAAUGGGGCAUGUUCAGUCUUUUUAGUAGCCACUUAGUCACAACCACUGGCCAAAAUUAGUGUUCAAAUUAGUGUUAGUGUUCACAACACAAACAAAUAUGAACGCUAACUUUGGCCAAUGUUUGGGUUGUCUUCUUUUGCAAAUAGUAUGCAAUCAUGGGGGUAAUUUUCAUUCCUGGGAUACCAUAUGGUCUCAAAGGCAACAUAACCAGUCUGGCAAAUUUAACUGUGUAUAAACUGAAAAAUGUAAUAUGUUAUAUUUGGCCCUGUAACUUUCCAAAGCACCAUAAAACCUGUACAUAGGGGCCACUUUAUAUUCUGGAGACAUUGAAUACAAAUAUGUGCACUCUUGCAGUAACAGCUAACAGUAUUAUGACAUUCACAGUUAAAAUGCUAUGCAGAACUAAAAGAAUAACAUUUCUUAAGUUCUCACAUUUUUUAUUCAUAAUAAAUUAUGUUUAAUAUAUAAAUAUUUGAUGUGAAAAAAAGCCUUAUUUCUCCUGAACAAAAUUAUAUGUAUAAUAAAUGUAAGUCCAUUUAAUAUGAAAGCGUUUAAUUACGUUUGAACUGAUAUAUAUCCCAAAUUCAAGGUUUUGUUUUGAUCUGAACUUGAACAACUGCCUCAUUCCUUAAGGGGUUAUUCCUAAGGGGUUUGGGAGCAAAAUAGGGACUGCCUCUUAUAAAUAGGGACACCUGGGCGGUAUGAGCACGUGUAAGACUCUCUUUUUGACUGACAGAGAACACUGGGCGUUGUAAUUUUAAAAACAGCUGACUAUCUCAGUUUAGGAGAACUGAGAACGCUAAAGGCCAACGUUUACAAACGUCACAAAUGUGCAACGUGUCUUUGCAAUAAAGUUUCGUACAGUAACCUGUAACGUGCGGCGGAAGUGACGUCAGAGGGCGCCGGUGUCUGAGAAGGAAAGCAUCACGGGAAUUGUAGUUUUACAACUACUAGGGGGGGUUGUAUUUUUGGCCUUUUGGACACCCUUGACUAAUGCUGUUUCCCUUCCAGAGAGCUGCAUUUCCUGCCGUGCGGCAUUGCUGCUAUUGGUGAAACUUCCUGUCAAGUAGCAGGAGGUUGGGAUUGUAUGGAAAGUGCUGAAAUACGGGAAAGAAAAACGUGCAGAACCAUGAAGUGCCUUUAUACCACUCAGACUGGGUAACUUACAGCGUCACAUCGCCGCUUCCUGUCUACUUAGCAAAGUUUGAGACUAAUAUAUAGCACCUCUCAGUGUUUAUUCACAACUUAUUGAUUUAUAUAGCAAGCUGCCCAGGGGGAAAGUCUGUCAGUACCUGUACAAACCAUUAUUGCUGACUGCCUCCCAUUACACAGCCUCUUGUUAUUUUUAUUCAUUUAUUAACUUUGCACAUAUUCCAUAGUGUUUAUCUGACUGUACUUGGAUAUUUUUUAUUUUUAGUAAUAAUGGUUUUUUUUAAUGCGUUAUGUUGGUGUUGACAGACAAGUAGAUUUAUUUAUAAAAUAAAAAAUAUAUAUAUAUAUAUACACACAAACAAACAAUUUUAUUGUUUUGGAUUACAUUUCCGUAAACGAUUAAUUAUUCGAGUGCUAGUGGUUUACACCAUUAUGGAGUGCAACCCUCUCAUUGGCAUAAGGUUAGUGUACUGUUGGUGUACCUUUUUUGAGCCAGAGUGCAACUGGAGUCCAACUUAUUUAUUUCAAAGAGCCAGCUCUAAGAUUAAAAAUGAAAACCGACGUCAGGCUAUGUGUGCUGAGUAUUUGUGUGUUUUUUUUAUUUUUAAUUAUUCUAUUAAAGGACCACUAUAGUGCUAGGAAAAGGGUGCCCCCACCCUCAGGGACCCCCUCCCGCCGGGCUCUGGAGAGAGGAAGGGGUUAAACGUACCUCUUUCUCCAGCGCCGGGCAGGGAGCUUUCCUCCUCCUCUUCGGCUGAAUGCGCAUGCACGGCAGGAGCUGGCGCGCAUUCAGCCAGUCUCAUAGGAAAGCAUAAUGCUAUGAAAACUGCUAUGUUUAUUAAAAAAAAAAAAAGUUAACCCUAGCUGGACCUGGCACCCAGACCACCUCAUUAAGCUGCCUAUAGUGGUCCUUUAAUAAAAUAGAACAAUCUUUUUCCCUUAUUCUGCUUUUUUAAAAUUUAUUUUCAAGCAAGAGCUUUUAUUCCUUGAUAGUCCACUGGGGGUUUAUUUUAAAUCCCUAGUUGUCCAGUGGUCUUAGUAACGAUUACACACACAGUUCCACACCAUGCUAAUCGUUCUUUCUGGUGUGGCGCUCAAUGAGAGUCAGAACACAUGCUGGGAAUCUGGGCAAUUGGCUUGACUCCCACACUGAGUGUUGUAACCCCAAUGAAGCAUUUAGUAUAGUCUGUACUAGGCGAAAGUGCAGACUAUAUGUUUCCACCCCUGCAAAACCAGGACACCAUUUUUAAUGGGGAAAAGCAGUUUCCUCCGAGCCUGUGUCCAAAGGCAGCCUUCUGUGUCACAUUAUGUUGGUGCUCUUCCCCAGAGUACCUAUGAUGUGUCCAUUCUCUGGCUAACACAGAGACCUCUGCGUACCUUUUGUGGCACAUUUUCAUUACAUUCACCAUGAUUGGGUUAAGCAAAGUUGUGUUUUUUUUGUUUUAGAAGUGCCAAUAAUUUUUUGGAUAAGAUGUAAACCGUUUUCCAUGUAAUUAAAAUAGCUGUAGACUUUAUAAAUGUUUUUACAUUGUAGCCCAAGCCAGUGUAUACAAUUAAUGAAAUUACCAUAAGGAAGUCUGACUUGUACAACGGUUAUUCAGUAAAGUGUAAACUGCUAGUAACUUAAAGUGAUUUUCAAAAUUGAGGCCAAUAUAUUAUCACUUGAUUGAGGCCAAUACAACUCACUGUUCAGGUCCCAGUAGUUCUGUUUACUGAAUAACCCUUGUUGCAUUUUGUGUGCUUUUUAUCAAUUACAUUUUGCUUUAUAAUAAUUUUAUGAUUCUCGCUCCUCUGUGUAAUAAUAUUUUGUGUUUAUUAAGUUAACCACAAUUAAGGAUAUGGUUGUUGUGUGAAAAUUGGAUUACUAGCCGAGAGUAGGGUGUCCAAAAGCCAGUUUUCAUCACUGAAAUUUGAUUUAUCAUAUGGCUUUGCCAAGUUUAAAGAGAAACUGUCUAUUUUCUGGAGUAUACAUUAUUGACUAAAACAUGUACUAUCCCCUGUAUCUUGACGGGGGGGGGGGGGAAAUCAUGUUUUGUUUUUAUAUAUUUUUUUAAAAUUUAUAAUAAAGGAACACUAUAUAGCGCUAAAGGGACACUAGUCACCCAGACCACUUCAGCUCAAUAAAGUUUUCUGGGUGCCAGGUCCCUCAGGUUUUAACCCUUCAGAUGUAAACAUAGCAGUUUCAGAGAAACUGCUAUGUUUACAUAGGGUUAAUCCAACCUCUAGUGGCUGUCUUCCUGACAGCCGCUAGAGGCGCUUCUGCAACGCUGGAUGUGAUAUUCGCAUCCAGCAUGCAGAGUGACCAUAGGAAAGCAUUGAGAAACGCUUUCCUAUUGACUGUUUUAGCGUGCGGCAUUUGCCGCGCAUGCGCAUUCUACUCCACUCGGGAGCUGACGUUGGCGGGGGGAGGAGAGGUCACCAGCGCCGUAUUAAGGUAAGUAGCUGAAGGGGUAUCCUAAGGGUGGGGGCACCCUUAGGACACUAUAGUGUCAGGAAAACGGGUUUGUUUUUCUGACACUAUAGUGAUCCUUUAAGAAUACAGUUUAGGUGGCCAGACCCUGUUGCUUUUUCUUCCCUGCAGCACUGAUCUCCAGCGUUCUGCUCCUCCUCUUUGGCUGAGAUCGAGCUAAAUGAUCUCAGCCAAUACAUUGUUGUCCUUUAGAGACCACCUGAUUGAAAUAAUGUAGCUUUACUCCACUAUUUUGUCAAAAAUUUCUCCAGUGGCUGUAUGACCGCCACAAGAACCAGGUUAACCCUCCAAUUAAAAUAUUGUCGUUCUUCAAGAGCAUAAUCCACACAAGGAGGAGAAUUAAGAGCAUUGUUUAAUUUCUCCUCUUAUCUGAAUACUUUCUCUAUUCUGGCUGCCAGGUGCAAUGGGCAUCAUUUAGAAUACUGCUUAAGGGAGAACUAAGAUAGAGGUGCCUAAUUGCAGGAUAAAGCAGAGUGGAUUUCUAAAUGUAAUAUUUUUAACACCUCACAAAUAUAUAUGUUAAAUAUAGAGCUAAGUAAACAUAAUGUUAAAAUUGUUGGGAAGUAACAGUUCCCCCUGUAAAUUGCUUCACUGUAUGAUACUUGGAGAGAAUUUGUAACUGAUUCUGAACAGCAUCCAAUUGAAGAGUGUUUGGGUUUUUUGGGGGGGAGGGGGAGAUAUUUUUCCUACACUGCAAUUUUGAAGCAAUCUAGUUUUGCUUAGUAAUAUUCAUUCAGUCCUUUCUUAAUUUUAACUAGGUUAAUAGUGCUGAUGUAAGAAAUUUCAACAGGAGUUGACCCUAAUUACCCAGCUAACUGGACCCUCUGGCUUUGGUUUGGUGUGUAGGAAUACUAUGCCUGAGUGCCUCUGAUAAGUCUAAACAUCUAUGUUUAAUUGGUUUUUGGGGUGGGGUCCUCUUAUCUCAUCCAUCCUGAUGCACUUGCACUUAUCUUCUUGGUCACAUUGUCCUGUAGGAGGCUGCUUCUUUGGUGACUGACUUAGAGAUUCUGCUCAUUCAAAAAGGAACACGUGCAGACACAUCAGUUAGAAAAGGAGACUUCUGAAAUGGAGAACUGCGAAAGUCAGGUAAAUUUUAAAAUCGAAUGAUUUUAUGUAUUUGAUGAUCGGUGCUUGCUGUUUGAUAAAUUAGACUGGAAAGCUGCAUUGCCCAUAUGAGAUGGAUAUUAUUUUAUUAUCUUGCUCUGUAAUUUUUUAUUUUAUUUUUUCCUGCUCGUAGACCUCUCUAAUUUUUAUAGUGUGGUUUCUGUAAAUUGUACUGGGCUAUCUUUUGGAAUAAGUCUUUGUAACCUCGUGUGUGAAUGUGUGUAUAUAUAGCAUUGUUGUAGCAUUCAGGUUCUCAAUCAUCUUAAACCUGUUUAAGCAUCAUUGCUUCUUUUUAAGUUUAAAAUAUGAUAAGGAAAUUGUUUUGUGUGUGUUUUUAUCCAGUCCCAAAUGAAAGGACUAAUCGUUCCUCUGUCUUUUUAUUUUUUAUUUUUAUCCCAUAAAGGCUUGUUCAGGGCAAAAAGAUGUCAUCAGAGUUGGGACAAGGAAAAGCCAGGUAAAUGUAUUAUUUGAAACUAUGUUUUCUGCCAAGAUAGGCUACAGAGAGUGAGACAGAGGUGAUUGGUAGAAAUGCAGUAUUGAUCCAGAGGUGGCUGGAUUACCAGAUAUGAAUCCCUGUGCUAUAGCGUCCCUGUAAUAUGAAAUAUAGUUAAAGUGGCUGAUACGUUGAAUUUAUUUCUGAUUUCCCUACAGCUGGCUCGUAUUCAGACAGACAGUGUUGUAGAAAUGCUGAGUAAGAGAUUUCCUGCUGUUCGCUUUGAGAUUGGUAAGUGAUACAUAAAAAGACCAGGGAUUGUUUUCUUAUUGAAUGCUGGCCCCAUUCUUUAAUAAAGUUUCUUACUGUCCUAGUGAAUGAUUCCUUUAAUCUAUGCAUAUCUGUGCCCAUUAAAGGGAAACAGUCACUUCGUAGGAUUUUGAAAACUAUUUUUCCUUAUCCCUCUAUUUAACAAAUUGUAUUUAUGAGGUGUGGAAAAAUGUAAUUAAAUGUAGACAUCUGCACUCUUAUCAUACAACUGGGCACGUCCAUUUUGGCUCCUUCUUAAUCAUUGUUAUAAAUUAAUUUUUUAGCACUUGGCAGUACAAAUUGAACAAUGGUUUCUACUAUUGACUUUGCCAUGUCUGAACUUGAUUAUGAUUAUACUUGCUAAAUCUGUCAUGUAAUGUUUAAAUAAAACCGAGCAUCUCAUGGAAGAAAGGGUUAAUAAGAGUUAUAUUUGUUUUAAAUGGUGCAAAACUCUAGAGAAGUGACCGUUCUCUUUUCAGUUGUUUAUCUCUUUUCAUUAUCAACUUUAAUUUUUGCAUAUAUGGAAUUAGUGUGUUUUAAAAAUAUAUGCACCAAUAAUAAUAUUUGCCUUUUUAAUAAUGUUAUUGGUAAACGGCAAGUUGGAAGCACCAUUUUGUUAAAAAAAAAACAUUUUCUUCAUGGUUAGUCAAUGAAGAAAUGUAUCUUUAUUGAAGAAGAAAAGUAUAAUAAAAGUAAAUACCUGCAUAAUUCUCUGGUAAUCUUUCCCCUCCUGGCUUUUAUAACCAUGUUAUCGACCUGGUUUAAAUGUAAAGGCUAAAUAUUUUACAUAUUCUCACACCAUAUAGGUUAGGUACUACAAAGAAUUACACUAAUGGGAUGUUUUAAUAAAGUGAGAUAGAGGAAUACAAAAAUUAGGUUCCACACUUUGUCUUAUGAAUUGUGUUACGAUAGGUAUAGUGAAAACUAUUAGGGACUUUUGGACAGGUAAAUAUACAAAUAUCCUCUCUCCCACCCAUCGCCACUGUUUUCCAAAAUAUCACAGUUUCAGUUUAACUCCAUUGUAUGUAUUUUCAUUUAUAUUUACUUCUUAAACGUAGCACACCAAUUUUCUAUUGCAUGAUUGCUCCUUUCUAUGCUUGACUCGUUAUUACCAUGCCAAAGUUCCAUCCAUUCACAUUUUUAUUUUGCCUUUUUCUUUAGUUGCCAUGGCCACAACAGGAGAUAAAAUUCUAGACACUGCCCUAUCCAAGGUUAGUAGGAUUUUGGAACAUUGGGUGUACAGGUGGGAAGUAACCCUUUGAUUGUAGAGUGAAUAAUGUUUUUGUUGCACAUGUGUUUUGAGAUAAAAUGAGAGUACUGUUUCCUUUGAAUGGUAUUAAAAUGAUAGAUAUAUAUAUCUUGUGCUUCAUGCAGAUCGGAGAAAAGAGUUUAUUCACCAAGGAAUUGGAGCAUGCCCUGGAGAGAAAUGAGUAAGGAAGGGUAACCGAACUAAAGGGGAGGUGGGAAUCAAACUGGCAGUUUUAUUGGUGCAAUUUUAUUUUAUCUGUAUCAAAUUUGAGGCUCUUCUAGCACAGCCUUCCAUCUCAUAUUUGUAAAGCUAGUUCCCUUAUUCUAUGUGUGCUCAUGGCAUCAUGGAUUAAAGAUGCCCUGCUUGUGGUAAAGGGAGUGUUGGAAGGAUGGCCAUACUUAUCACCUGUAGGUUAUUUGUUUUAAAUUUUAUGCUCAUCUCAUCGAGUAAAUGCUCAAUAAUAUUUACUGGUUUGCAUUAGCAUUUAAGUUUAACCUGAAAAGUGGGGAUAUUUCAACUUUAAUGAUGGUCUCAUCACUUAUGUAGCUUUGUGCCACAGCUUUUGAAGAAGGGAUGUCAUGUCUAGACAACUGUACGAUUGUCCAGGCUCCACACAAGGGGAAAUUUAUCAAGGUAAAAUAUGCUAUUUUGGGUGCGAAGUGCUAAAUGUUGAGAUACAUUAUUUUGGUUUCCAUGGCAGUUGGUCCUUAUUUAGGCCUUUGCACCCAUAAUACUAUCUGCUUUGCCUUGAUAAAUCUUCCCCCCCAAGAUAUCAGAAUAUUGUGGGAAAUUGCUUUCACACAUCAACUUGCUUUAUAUCUUAAAGGUACACUCUGGGUCAGGGUUGACUUGCGCAUUAUGCAAAAACAACAAAUUAAAAAUAAGACCUGUAUGGGAUUUCUUCAUGCUGCUACAGAUCUCCAUUGUGUGAGCACCCACUCAGCCAGUAAUGGUACACACUUUUCUAUUACACUGCUAAGCUUCUCUUACAAGCAAUGGUGUAGGGCCACAGCAAGAGUUUAAGCAAGUUGUAGUUUAUUAGCCAUCUUUCUUGUGUUGAAAGGUAAAAGCUGAAGCUUAAAGCAUGAUGUCAUACACAGCAGUAUUUUGUUUGAUUAUUCUAUUUCUGUACAUUCAAGAAUGUGUCUUACAUUCAUCUUCCGUCUUAUUUAUUUUUAUUUUUGAGAAUACAAUAUUCACAUGAGAACAUUGACAAAGCACACUAGUUGUUUAUAUACAACAAUGAACUCAAAUAAGUGGUAUGAAAAUUUAUUUUGAGGGUUAAAAAAGGGUGAGCAAAUUAAAUUUCUUUACACAAUAUACAUUAAUAAAAACACCAACACAGAAUAUUUAAAUGUAACCUGCUCAACACAGCCUGUUAAACCUGUUUUGGGUUUAUUUUCAUAAGACACCCUACAUUUUAAAGCUUGGAGCCAGCAACUGUUUUUUGUUUGUAAAUGAUUUCCCUUUUAUCGGUGACUUCUACCUUUAAAAAAGGAUCGAUAUUACAUCAUCCCACCUAACAACAUUUAUUCUUUUUAGGGUUGAUCUAGUUGUGCACUCGUUGAAAGAUUUACCAACAUCGCUGCCUCCUGGAUUUACAAUAGGAGCUGUGUGCAAGUGAGUAUACAAAUAACUGCUAACUACCUUUUUUGUUCUUCAUAGAACACUUAUGUAUAAUUUUCCAACUAAAGCUUAUUUGACCAAACCUUUUGGAUCUUUCUAUUCCCUUCUCAGACGAGAAAACCCUUAUGAUGCUGUUGUCUUCCAUCCUAAAUACCAUGGGAUAUCUUUGGACAUGUUACCUGAAAAAAGGUAAAAAAAAAAUCAAACAAAUUACAUUUUUCUUUUGAAUGCCAAUUAUAUUACUUUGCUGUAGGAUGGCUGCAAAUGCUCUUGCACAUCCUAUAUUUAUCUUCUUUGCCAUGAUGCUGCUGGCACAGCAUAAUGGACCAAGGAGAACAGAAAAUAUAAAGGCAAAUUAUUUUUCUGUCUAUGCAAAUGCUAGUUAGCUGGAUUGCACAGUAUGUGGAUCAGAAUGUAUUUCCUACAACACGACACCUUUAUAUUUUGAAGUAUUAAUGCAUUUUUAGAUAGAGCUUCUUUUAGUUCUUGGCCUUUGAUCCCUCCUACGUACAGUGACCAAUAGUAAUUGAUGGUUGAUGCCAUUAGCUUCUCUCAUGAUUUUAAAUAAAUUCUAUAUCAAAGCACAUAAAGAGCAUAGUCAUUUAAUAGUGCAGAGUGAUCUUGGUGGAUAUCAGAUAUCUGUAAGAAUCCUCAGUAUUGAUAUGUUUUGUUUGCAAACACAAUAAAAAAUAUUUAAAUUUGUAUUUUUUUUUUUUUUUUUUAAACUGUCAAGGAGCAUUAAAGGGGCACUAUAGUCACCAGAACCACUACAGGUUAAUGUAGUGGUUCUGUCAUCUAUAGCAUCUUCCUUCAGGCUUUUCAAUAAUAAACACAUUGGAUGUUAUUACAUCGCUGCCUCUUGUGGUUCUCACUCAGACGGCCACUAGAGGUGCUGCACAGUGUGUGUGUGUGUGUGCGCGUUGGCAGCAAUGGUAGUCAGCGUCUCCACAUUCUGCAUGGAGGCGCCGAAUGCUCCCCAUAGAGAUGCUGAUUGGCGUAGUGUGGCUGUUUGUUGCACAAGGAGAAAAGGUAAGUAAAGCUCACCAUUUUUAUGCACUUAAAGUGGGGCUUGGGAUCUAAACACCGAACAGGUAAGUUUAUAGUAUUUUACAUUCUGUUCCCAGUUUUCCAUAUGUUGGUGGUCACAUUGCUUGUGUGUCGUUUUGCUCACGGUGCCUAGAUGGGUAUCUGCUACACCUCGCUGACGAGGCCCAAAAGAACGUCAAAACGAUCAUCUGGGGUUGCUGUAUCUCUUGCAGAAAUAACUUGCUGCCAUUUCAUUUUAAACUGCCGUUAUGGGUGAGAUCAGUCUGAUAUGCUUCAGGAUAUGUUCUCUUUGUAAUGGCAUAAGUCAGCAAAAAAAUAUUUUGAGACCUGAGCGUGGAUUUACCAAAGGGAAAGCUACUGAGUUUCUCUAAGUGUUUGUCCGUUCUCUGAGGUCUCAUAUUCUCAGUUUUGUUGCAAUAAAACACACAAUGGCAGGUCCACAUAAGGUAGACUAAAAAAAAACCAAUUGCUUCAAGGAAACAAAUAUUUAACUCAACGUAGUUGUUCAGCAUGUGAGUGACAAAAUGCACAAGGAAGUGUUUACUUGCCACAAAGUAAACCUUUUGCAACACACAUCUUCCUCAAAGCCUUGUGUUUCAAUUGAGACUGCCAAUCUGUAAACACAAACUGACAGAUCUGGAAAGAUUGUAUGUAGAGGAAUUGUCUUCUUUCUAAUGUGUCACUUUAUUAUAAAAACAGAGGAAAUUGCUUAAUGAAUUUUUUUUUUAUUUUUAUUUUAUUUAUUUUUUUAUGUGCAAGGGCACAUGUUUAUGAGAAAUUUGGUUUAUCCCCUUGAAUUUUGAGUCAAAUGUAAUCCAUGUGUUAGAAAAUAAAGCUUGGCUCAUUACCUAUGACUAGGUUACAUUUUCUUUCUGCUAAUACUUAUAAAUACAAGUACAUUUAGCAGAAACUCUAUACAACCUGUUGAGCAGGGUAUUUUAGAUCAAUUGUACAUCUCAUCUGUCCUACAUGGCAGUAUGCAAAGUAUUUAUAUGCUGGCAUCACAGCGCAAAUGUGAAAUUGUAUACAUUUGUGUUUUCUGUGUGUUUAUUAUUAUUAUUAUUAUUAUUAUUAUUAUUAUUAUUAUUAUUAUUAUAUUUUUAUUUUUAUUUUUUUUCUUUGUCUUGUUUUGUUUUUUGUUUUCUCCCUUGCUGGGAUUUUUUUUUUUUUUAUUAAUCUUCUUACAGUGCAUUUAAGAUACAUAACUUCAAAGUCCCCUUAAAUGCACUGUUUAACGCUUAUGUCUGCAGCUGGCAGGCGCCUUCUUCAUCAGAAGGAAACUCUUAUCCCUCAAAAUGCUGCAUAGAGGGAUUUAUCCCCAAGAGCAGUCCCUCUCAUCACAGAGAAUGAGUGAACCUGCUAAGUAAGCCAGGGCUCAAAAUUUCCACCCACCACUUGUCAUUGGCAAGUGCACUUUUGGUGAGUAGAAGUUCACACCUACUGAGUAUCCCAGGGACUCUCUCUCUAGGCUUGCAGUGACACAUAAUAUUUAGGGCCUAGCUAGUAGACUUGGAGUUGAGAAUUUUAAGUCCUGCUCUAAACUGUUGCCAAGCAAUGUGCAGCCAUUCUCAGAACCUGGUUGGCAGUUCUGAGAGACAGUCGUAGUCAGUAACUCUUACAAAUCUUUUUUGCAAAGUUGCUUUGGUGCUGAGAUCAAUGUUUGUUUUAAAGGUAAAGUAUUUUAAUGAAUAACCUAUAUAAUGUUUUAAAUUAUAUGUUUAUGAAAUGUGCACAUUAUUGUUGCAUUACAAAUAUCUCUUGUAUGUUAGCCAGACAGCCACUAGAGACACUUCCCUAUUGAAGACUUUAAAUUAUUUUAAAUUUCUGGAUUUGGUGUUGUUAAACACUGUUAAUGCUCCUUAUAGAGAACCAUUGAUUUUAAACGGAUGCAUUGAAGCAUUAGUUACUCUGCAUUCAUCAUAAGCCCCCUGUGCUUCUUGGUAAAUCAUUGAAUUGGCCUGAGAUCAUCUGUAAGGAUGAUCUCAGAGGUGGAGGAGCAGUUGUCACAGAGACUGCCCUGGAUAAAAGAUGAGUUUAAUUUUUUUUUUUUGGGGGGGGAAGGGACCGAACACUCCUAGCAUUAGAAAUAUAUUGAUAACAUUGGUGUGUUUCUUUAAUGCGCAUGUGUGACUGGCUUUUAUUCAUUGGGCAUUGAUGCACAUGCAAUGUAGUGAGCCAACAAAACAAAUGUGAGUGGUUGGGGAGUAGUGAAGGUAAUUAGAUUUUAUUUUUCCUCUUACUCUUAUGCUUUGCACUACUGCUUUAUAAGUCAUCUAAAGUAAUUGCAGUUUGUUGUAUUCCUUAUGGGCUUUACUGACCAUGAUAUCAAUUGUUUUUUUUUUUUUCUUUGCUCAGUAUAAUUGGAACCAGCUCCCUCCGCAGAGCAGCUCAAUUGAAGAAAAUGUUUCCACAACUGGAAUUCAAGGAUAUUGUAUCCUUUUUAACAAUUUCUGUACCAAAAUACUACAAUUUCAUGUUCUAUUUGUAAUUAUCUCAAAACAUGGGAAACCUUUUUUGAAAGCAUGAUCAAACAAGUUUAAAUAUGAGCACACAGCAACCCUGAGCAGUUUGCGAUAACUUAAUAUAGUGUACAUAAAUUUAAGGGACACUCUAAGCGCCGAAUCAAUUUUAGCAUAAUAAAGUGUUUUGGUGUAUAGAUCAUGCCCAUGUAGUCAAACUUCUCAAUUCUGUCAUUUAGGAGUUAAAUCACUUUGUUUGUGCAGACCAUUUACAUGGCAGUUGUGACUGUGCACCAAAUGUCAUAGCUAUGAUCUGUACAUGAUGAGACGCAUGCACAAAUUGGACAAAAGUCAUAUUUUCCAGCUAGAAUUAAGCAUUGUGGAACUUUGCUUAAAGCUUUAAAAGUUGUUACACAUUUCCUCCACACUCAGCAGGUUUCUCUGUGUAACCUUGCCAUUAUGUCAGGUUGUCAAAGUGCUUAGACCAAGCGUCUCAAACUCUGGCCCUCCAGAUGUUGUUGAACUUCAACUACCACGAUUCUCCGUCCAUGUAUUGCAUUCAAAGAAUUUUGGGAGUUGUUAGUCAUCAACAUCUGGGGGCCAAAGAUUGAGAUCCUUGACUUAAGUCAAGCAUGUCAAACUCAAAGUCUAGCAAGGGCCAAAUAAAAAAGGUUUAAGUUUAUGUGGGCCGCAAAAAACAAACAAAAGAAAUUAACAUUUUCAUAGAAAUGUAGGAUUUUGAAAAGUACAGUUUAAAAAAAACAAAAAACAGCAUCCCCCUCUACUAAAUCCCAGUUCCCCACCCAGCACGCCACCCCCUAGUCAACAAGCACUCUACUCACAUUGCCGAUGCCAGUAUGCGACUCCGGAGUCCGGCCUCUGGUAUACCCCAAAUUACGCCGUCCGCACCCUGUGCCAAAGCAGAUCCUCCCGCUACUUCUUGAAACCCUGUGAAGGUGGAGCACAUCAACGUCACGUUGGAAUGUGACGUGGCAUUGCGGGCUUCUGUGCACCUCCAGGUCCUCCACUGUCCAGCCGCGUACAUCGCAAAACUGACACACACACACACACACACACACACACUCACACUCACACUCACAUCAUUGUAUUUAUUCCUGGGGUCCAGUGGGGAUCUUCUAUCUGGAACUCGGCCUUCCUGCUCCUCACUGCUCUCUUGUGCGCAGCUUAGUGGUGCCAGAAUAUGACACAUCCCAGCACCCGGCAUCACUACAGACGGCGAGGGAGCAGUGAGGAGCUCGCCGGGCCGCGAGUUUGACAUGCUUGCUUUAAGUGAUGAAGCGUUUUUUUUUUUUUUAAUGCUUUUUGUUAAUUCCUUAAUGUAGCUUGGAUAUCUGCCUUUUUUAUUUUUUUUUUUAUUUUUUUUUUUUUAGGUCCCAAAGGCUUUCUUAAGGCUUUUUACAUUUAAUUAAUCUUUCAUUUUAGAACAUUCUUUCCUCAUCCUUUAAAUCUACCAUAACACUGGACUUACUUUGUGUAGUAGCUGAUGUAAUACAAUAGCAUAAAGGAGGGCCUAUUCACAAAGGAUUAAACUGUACGAGCAUGUUCAAGUCAUAAAAUUCAUAAACAUGAAACUGGUCAAUCUUGAGACAAAAAUUCACCUCGGACGCUCUAUACAAUUCCUAAAUGCAUUGACAAGGUGUUAAACUCUAAAACCUGGAUGGCAACUCCAUCAAGAUGGUAUACCCCCUUGAAAUCAUUGGCAACUAAUCACUGUAACCUUCUGAAUUUGCCAAGCAUUUUAGUCUUGUUUUCGAGAGUAAGAGAGACGUUUGCUGUGAUCUCUUGUAACAUUCUCUCAUUGUUGUGACAUGCAAGGAAAUCUUGAAAUGAUCUCUUCCACCAAAGAUAACUCCAAAUUCUCUUUUGGGCCUGUGUAGCUAGUUAGGGGCAAUCUCUCAGAUUUUGUUUGACCACUGGUCCUUUUGAUUUGUUAUUGUGGCUUUGUUGAAGUUUCUGCUACAUUUCACCUUAACUAACCCUACUGUCCAGAGAGGUAACUUGAACACACGAUUGAAAAAGUUGGAUGAGCAACAGGAUUUCAGUGCCAUUAUCUUAGCUACUGCUGGACUAAGUCGUAUGGGGUGGGAAAACCGUAUUGGCCAGGUAAGGCGGAGAACAUGUAGUCCUCAAAGAAUAAAAAGGUGUGUGUGUGUGUGUGUGUUUGUUUAUUUCCUAGGUACAGUUUUUGACCUUGUUUGAUAGAAAAAGUUUGCCAUGUCAGUAAAGAGGCUUAGUAGUCCUAGUUUUAGAUUAACAAGUGUUCUGUGCAUACUACAACAGUUCAGUUUCCUGGAACUGAUAUGUUUGAAAAACAUUAUUUUUUAUUUUAUUUAUUUUUUCACGGUGAAUGCGAGAUUCAUUACUUGCAAUUUUUGUCCCUUGAAUUUUAUUUAGAUUUUGUAUAUUUUCCUCUGUUUCUUGCUGCUUUCAGCUGUAGCAAACUAUACUAGUUUGGAAUACUAAGGAGAAAUAUGUGUACUAAAAUUUACAGGCCAUUUUGAAACCGAAUGUGUAUAUUUGCCAACCACAGUCAUGUAUAUUUUAUUUUUAUCUCUUUAAUUAGUUUUUCUUCAUAUUUUUGACGUAUACCUGGCUUAUGUAUUUUACCUGGUGCUUCUUGUUUCUAGCCUAGGUAUUCUUGUCAUCAUAACACUAUCCAUGUAUUUUAUCAAUCUGUCAGGAGAGUGAGAGUUGCACAUUUUUGAAAUUCUGAUAAAACGCUUACUAUUCUCUCUUGUUAGUAUUUUGAGGUGAACAAACAAUAUAGGCCUGAAUACUUAUAGUUGUCUUUAUAAUAUCUUCUAAUUGAUUAAAUUUUCCUGCUUCUCCAUAGAUUCUGAGUCCAGAUAUUUGUAUGUAUGCUGUGGGUCAGGUAAGCAGCUAAAGUUAACAUUUACGAUAUACCAUCUCUUGCGUGUUUCUCUACAGAACAACUGGAGAACUUUGUAACUUUUCGUAUAACAUAUUAUCUAUGUUUUCUUGCUGCACUGCAUUAAUCAAAUGCUGCUCUAGGAGAAGAGAGUAGAAUAAUGGUGCACCCGUCCAUGACGUCCUAUCUGUAUUCUGCUACAUCCUCCGAGUAUAUCCAGUGUAGAUACUAUACCCAGACAUUUGUGGAGACGCAGAGUCCACAAAAUGGCAUGCUCUCAAAGCCUUUGUCUCCUUGGAGAUGAACGAAAAUUGCUCAUUACGGCAUAUUAUUUUGAAAAGUAGAUAUUCCCAACCAUUUCACAUGUGGUAAUUUUGAGUCUUUUUUUGUGCCCACUUUAAGCAUGUUUUGUCAAAAGUGAAAAACUGUCAUUAGAGUGGAGCUGCUGUGAUAGGUUCACGUUAGGCAUUAACCUUUCUUUAUGUAUUCAAUAUCCUUUUAUUAUAACAGUAAGUUAUUAUACCAGAACACCCGGUAACCCAACCGGUUACCUCCGCUUGCUCCCUUCCUUCAGCUGUUCAGGAACCAUUUAGCAGGCGCAGCGACCCAGUUCUCCCCCAGUGACUAGCUCUCAUAGUCCUUUAUAAGGACUUUCCCUUGCUGAAUCCCCUGCAAGCUGGAACAGUAGACACAGGGGUUAAAUCUUCCUUGCCUCCAGUAAACAGACGACACACAGUUCUGGAGGUUUAAGCACUGACUGACUAUCUUUAUUGAACAACUGGCUUCUUUUAUGCACAGACGCCCGCAGAGUGUGUCCAUUCAAUACAAUACAAUCCCAGGCAGGAGGGGUCGGGUUACAGAUAGCCAUCUCCCGCUCAGGGCGAUACUAAUAAUACACAGGGAAAUACAUUCAAACACAUUACAUACAGGGGGGUACACUUUGGGGCUCAGUCACAUGGAUAAAACCUAUAUCCCUAGAUAGCCCCAGUUCCCAUCUGGGAUCCCUGCAAAUAGCGGGGCUAUCAGAUGUACAGAGCCCGAGAAAUCCACGUCUAAAGACUGGGGCUCGAGGCUCUGUACAUCCCCGAAAUUAGUUCCAUGGAGUUGCUUGGUUUAGUCCGGUGAAUUCAAACUUCGCACUUAAACCAAACAACAACCAAUCAGCUGAAAGGGCGUGAACCAAAUUGCAGCAAUCAGUGCUCGGGGGAGGAGAGGAGUUUUGCCGCCCAAUCCGGAGAAAGGGAGCGAAACCCCGUUUGAAAGAGCACUCCUUCUCUGAUUGGUCGCCUGCGCCCCGCAGCGACCAAUCGUCGCCCAAUGUUCACGCCGACCCAUCAGGAGAAAGGCACGAACCCAGUCUGAAUGGGUGUGCCCUCUCCCACUGCUUCGUGCGGACUUCCAUGCGGCCGUGAGACCGACUCGGUUCCAGAGAUUCCCUGCUGGCGCGUGUCCCUCUCUCUCCGGUGGAUAUCCUCACGCAGGUAUCCACCGGAGAAUGUGCUCUCCUGGGCAGCUACAAUCCUAGCCUCAUAGCUCCCAGGUAGGGGGGAAAUGUAGACACUGAUUAUAGCUCCGUUGGGAGUGGGUAGGACGAUUCCCGACACUGGGACCGGAGACAGGGUGCAUAUGCCGGCUCGGGAUAUGAAUGCUCUCCCUGUUGGACACUUGUUAUACAAAUUGGCACCACCCAAGGAAAGCACGAGCCGUUUGUUUCCCUUGCAGUCUGUGGUCUUCACACCUCGUUACGAGUUGUGAACGUUCUAAGUAGACAUUCUAAAUGAGGUGUAGGUGUGGUCCCAAUUCAGGAGCCCAACAGAGCAUGUUCGUAUGAGCUCUCCCGAACGGGGAGCAGGUAAAACACAUGAACAAAACAUAGAUACGUGGGGAAACUCAGAGUACAAGGGAAAAUCGUGAGCAUAAACAUUGGGAACACCAAAUACAAGGCAAAAACUAUACGAACACUCAGUGGGCAUGAUACUUAGUGGCGGUGGCCCGCCACAGUUAUGUAUUUGCUUAAGGAGAUGUUAAAGGGAAACUAUAGUGCCAGGGAAAACAAACCUUGUUUUUCUGGCACUAUAGCUCCCCUCUCUGUGGUGCAGAAGGGGUUAAAAAAAACAAAACCCCUUCUCACUUACCUGGACCCAACGCUGAUGUCCCUGCUGGCUAGGGUCCGCCUUUGCUCCUCCCACUCUGACGUCAGCCGUCGGAGACUUGAUGCGCAUGCGCGGCUUUGGCUGCACUCGCAUUAGGAUUUUCCCAGAGGAAAGCCAUAUACAAUUACACAUGGAUGAUAUGAGAGCCACUCUAAUUAGUGGUUAUUGUGCUUUUUAUGAAGCAAGGGACAUUGGGUUAUAGCCUCUUAUCUGUACAAUUCGCAUCAAUGUCAGAGGAACACGCAGCUGAUUUGUAAGGUUAUUCCCCCAGAAUGUGCGUUCCCAGCACUUAACCCAGACACAAUUCAUACUUAAAGGACCACUAUAGUGCCAGGAAAACAAACUCGUUUUCGUGGCUCUAUAGGGUCCUUGGGUCCCCCUCACCCUUAAGGCCCCCCUCCCGCCGGGCUCUAGGGUGAGGAAGGGGUUAAUCCCUUACUUUUUUCCCAGCGCCGGGGACUCUCCUCCUCCUUUUCCCCGUCAUCGGCUGAAUGCGCAUGCGCGGCAAGAGCCGCACGCGCAUUGUCAGUCCAAAGGAAUGCUUUCCUAUGGACGCUGGCUUCUUCUCACUGUGAAAAUCACAGUGAGAAGUGCAGAAGCGCCUCUAGCGGCUGUCAAUGAGACCGCCACUAGAGGUUGGAUUAACCCUAAUGUAAACAUAGCAGGUUUUCUGAAACUGUUAUGUUUUAUAGAAAAAAGGGUUAACCCUAGCUGGACCUGGCACCCAGACCACUUCAUUAAGCUGAAGUGGUCUGGGUGCCUAUAGUGGUCCUUUCAGUGAGCUUGAUAAUGCUGCACAUGCAAUCAUAUAUGGCACUGGCUUGUAAGAUAGACUUAUGGCUAUAUUUCCUUCAAACAUUUACACAAGUGCCUAUGCCAAUUUUGCAGAACUAACUUGUGUGUAGUUCUCUGCAGAGAUCAAGGUUUUAUCUUUGCUUUGUAUCUGAUGACAGGGGGCACUAGCUGUGGAAGUUCGAGCCAAAGACGAAGACAUUCUGCGUAUGGUGUCUGCUUUGCAGGAUCCCCAGACUGUUUUGCGUUGCAUAGCCGAAAGAGCAUUCAUGAAAAGACUGGUAAGCACAAGUAUAGGACUGUAUUCUAGAUACACUAAUAGUGGGCCAAGAUUUGUUUUUAUUUAGUGGGGGCAGAACAGCGUGAGCACCAUUUUAAAAUGUAUUUUUUUUUUUUUUGUUUAUUUUUUUGUUUUGUUUUUUUGCUUGUCCCGAACUUAUUGUUAUUUUUUUAUUUACAGGAGGGUGGUUGCAGUGUGCCAGUAGCCGUUCACACAGUAAUUGAUGAAUCUCAGGUAUUUUAUGCACGUCACAAGUGUUAUGCUUGUGGUACAAAAUUUAAAAAUGUAUGUGUAGAAAAUGUGUUCUCAUUCUUUAUUUAUUUUUAAUUUUUUAUUUUUUAUUUUUUUUUGCACAGGUUUGUGCUGCUGUGCUGAGCAUUGUUCCGUCAAAUGCUUAUCAUAGUCAAGCAUUGAGCACUAAACAUAAUCUAAGAUAUUCUGAGUGCUUACUCAAAAAAACAGUUUAGUGACUAUAUCCCAGACACCUUUGAAAUGAUAAAAAAAUGGUAUUAAAGAAAACAAAAAAUCACUUUUGAUAAUAGUUCAGUCUUCUGAGUCCUCAAACAUGAGGCUGUUGGCAGGACCAGUGCAUUACCCCUGCAAUUAGCAGAGUUUUUAAAUACUUCUCUGAGUAUGUUCAUAAGUCCUGCUGCAAAUAGUAAAAAGAUGAGGUUCUGACACUGAAUGUAAGAUGGUGUCGAAAUAGAUCUAUCUUCUCGGGAAAUGUGUAGGGAGGCUGUGUGAGUCACAGCCAGGGAAUGUGUGGCUAGGGCUGGAUAAAUAGUAAUUUAAUUCAUAAAUGGCAGAGAAUUUAGCAAGUCGAAAUUGCAGAGGCUUAAUCUAUGCACCAAAAUCACUUAAGCUGAAGUGGUUUGGGGGCCUAAGACUGACCCUUAAAUUUACACUGUGUAGGCAUAAAAACCACUUCAUUUCAAUGAAGUGGUCUGCAUGCCAUGCCCCCCUUGUUUUAACCCUGCAAGUGGAAACAGUAAUAUUUAAAUUGAAGGGUUUAAAUGCCUCUAAUGGCUGUUAUCCUGACAGCCACUAGAGGCAAUUCCUCUGAAAUAGCGGAGUGAAUCUCUUUCAUUCAGAUGGCCUCAUAGAGACCAUCUGAUUGGUUGAAUGUGGAGUUUUGACGCGCAUGCACACUAGUCUUCCAAUGAUUUCCUAUUGGAAAGCAUUGGAUUGUCUGAGGUCACCAAGUAAGUAAGGACACUAUAAUGUUAAGUGUAUUCUUAACACUGUAGUGUUCCUUUAAUAUUGCUAUUUUUUUUUUUUUUGGCACUAUAGGAUUCCUUUAAUGGAUCACUAUACGGUCAGGAACACAAACAUUUAUUCCUGACCCUAUAGUGUUAACACCACCAUCUAGACCCCCAUGGCCCCUCAUGCCUCCAUAAAUAUAGUACAAAUCUUACUGUAUUCAAGCCUGAAGCUGUAAAUCUGCAUGCUGUUAGACUCAGAAAAACAAGCAGUCUGCUGACAUGUGGUAGCCUGAUCCAAUCACAGUGCUUCCCCAUAGGAUUGGCUGAGACUGACAAAGAGGCAGAUCAGGGGCAGAGCCAGCAUGAUUCAAACACAGCCCUGGCCACCUCAUAGAGAUGAAUUGAAUCAAUGAAUCUCUAUAAGGAAAGUUCAGUGUCUGCAUGCAGAGGGAGGAGCAGGCCCGUCGCUACCGGGCAGGCAAACCAAGCAAUUGCUUGGGGCCCCAAGCAGAGCCGGUGCUGCACCUCAGGCGGCUACACCACUCCUCUCUCGUCCCCUUCCCUGUAGCGUGGCCGAGCUCUUCUUCCUACUGGCUGUCAGUCCGGCCAGGUACCGUGCGGUACAGGAGAUUCAGUUUCCUGUUCCCGGCUGGACUGACAGGAAGUGCACACUGAGUGCUCACUUCCUUUCAGUACGGCCGAGAACAGGAAAAUGAAUAUCCUGUUACCGCGCGGUACCCGGUUGGACUGACAGCCAGGAGGAAGAGGAGCUCGGCCACGCUACAGGGAAGGGGAGGUGAGAACUAAGAAGAACAUAGGGAGAGGGGGGGGUGGGAGGGGAGUAAAAACACACAGGGGGAGGGGAGUAAGGAGGGGAGGGGAGUAAGGAGGACACAGGGGGAGGGGAGUAAGGAGGACACAGGGGGAGGGGAGUAAGGAGGACACAGGGGGAGGGGAGUAAGGAGGACACAGGGGGAGGGGAGUAAGGAGGACACAGGGGGAGGGGAGUAAGGAGGACACAGGGGGAGGGGAGUAAGGAGGACACAGGGGGAGCAGUUCUAGAUAAUUUGCACGUUUGUGAGAACUUAAAAAUGUUAAUGUGAUUGUGUGUGUUUUAAAUAUGUUGGAUUUAGUUAUUGUGCACCUUUUUAAUGUAUAUUUGAUUUUAUGGUACAGUAGUGUUUUUUGCAAAUGUUCAAUUGUUGAAAAUGUUCAAAAUGUAUGCACAUUAUAUGCAACAGCAGUAUUUGCACUGUAAACCUUUUUUAUUUAUAUAAAGUGUGGGUGAACUUAAACUGUAUGGCUAUGCUGUGGUUCCUGUAGGCUUUGCGUGCAUGUGGGAGGGGGGGCCUCCAUGUCCAUUUUGCUUGGGCCCCCAAAUUCCUUCAAACGGCCCUGGGGAGGAGACUCUGAAUCACAGGCUGCUGUGCACAGUGCUGCCCUGUGCUCUGCUGACAGCAGAUCUGAGUGGAUGGAGGCAAAUUAUGCCUCCAUCAACUCCGAAGUCCCUCUGGAGUGACUGCAACUAGAGGUGUUCCUAGCUUUCAAUGUAAACACUGUAUUUUCUCAGAAAAGCAGGGAGCUAUAGUUCUCACCUGAAUAACCUCAUUAAGCUGAAGUGGUUCAGGUGACUAUAGUGUCCCUUUAAGCCAUAGCAGCAGUUUGAAAACUAUAACUCUUUUCUUUUUUUCCUGUGGAAUAAACCCUUUUGUUUGUAUUAACCCUCCAUGGAACUCCUAACAAGGUUUAUAUUUCUUUCAGUUUUUUAAAUUUUUUUUUUUUUUUUGGUCUUUGUUUUUGAAAUUUUUUUGUUUAUUCAUCUGAUUUGUUCAGAUUGUUCUUUUAGUCUUUAGAUGUAUUUACUUUUUUUUUUUUUUUUUCUUCUAGUUGUACCUUUCUGGUGCUGUCUAUAGUCUGGAUGGAUCGGAUUGCCUGAAAGAGACAAUGCAAACCUGUAUGCUUUUUACACAGGAGGUAAGCAUCUUUAAAUACAAGAAACCAAAAGCAAACUCCUUUUUAGCAUUGCAAGCACCUUGACCAUUACAGCUAUUGUAGCAGUUAUGGAGAUUUAAAAAUGUAAUUGAAAACUGAUCGUUCAGCUACCACUCAUUUUCAGUUUUUUGUUUCUGGCACCCAAGCAUCAUACCCAUCACCUCUUUGAUUUAAUAUGGAGUUGUCCAGCUCUCACAUUGAGCAAUACAAGUGUUUGUUUGACUUUAAUUACUCAAGGAGGAUGUGUGGACAGUCUUGUUUACAUGAGAGCUGCGCUGUACGAGUGCAUGAUGUUCCACGCCUAACUUGGUGUAAGCCCUAUUUCCAAAUCCAAGUACAAUGCUACUAGAUACUGGAAAUAUGUGAUAAAUGUUUCUUUGAUAGUGGAAAAAGCAUGUAAUUUUUUUUAUUUUUUUUAUAUCUUUUAAUGGUUUAAGACAUUAAAAGGCUCUUUUGUAAACGUAAAUUUUUAAUGGGGGAAAAAGUUUUACCCAUAUGAUGUAUUUAAAUGACUAAGGGAAAAAAAACUUACACAUGUGGUUUUCUGUAUUCUUUUCUUAGGGUGUGGAAGGUCCAAAUGAUGACACACAGCAUGUGGGGAUAACAGCAUUAGGGGUCCCCAGAAAUGCUUUGAAUGCUGCGGAACGUUUAGGAACUGAACUAGCAGAUCUGUUACUAAGUCAAGGGGCCAGAGAGAUCCUGGUGGUGGCCCGUCAGUUAAAUGAUUCAAGAUAA